UUGGGUUGUUAGUCUCCUGUCAAGGGCCAACCCCAAGAUUAUGAGCCCGGUUGGGUUGGCUUGGCUUGGCUUGGGAUUGAAAGCUUCUCUCAAACCCAAUGUUGAAGUAACAGGCCUAAUGUCUUUUUCGUUUUUCCUCGUUUUCCUCUCGGAGUCUCUGGGGCCCUGGGCCAUACUCCGUACUGCUGACUUUGAGUGGUGCAAAAGCCAAUAAGAUUUCGCCACAUUAACAUCAGAAAGGAUCGAGGGAGCUUUCUGACCUUAAUAAUGACGCGUCAGGUUGUGAUUGGCUACGAAAAAUCUCUCGACUGAACUCCAUCUCACAGAAGCAAACCCAAAAACCCUUUCAACACAGCAGGAGGGGCUCUUCUUCGCCUUCGAUUACUUUACCUCAGAGAAACAGGGAGAGAGUAAUGGAAACCACAGAGAUGGAUGCAAUGGAAGAGGAAGAACCUCAGCCCAAUCCAAACUCAUUAAAGCGUUUCGCUCUCAAAAACUCCAUCCAAACUAACUUCGGCGAUGACUACGUUUUCCAAAUCGUCGCUAGGGAUGAUUGGACGGCGAUGGCGGUGUCGCUGUCGACAAACGCAGUGAAGCUCUACUCGCCGGUGACUGGUCAGUACCUGGGGGAGUGCCGAGGUCACUCUACCACUAUAAACCACAUCUCCUUCUCAGGUCCUGGUAACUCUCAUAUCCUCCAUUCAUGCUCUUCUGAUGGAACCAUCAGAGCUUGGGACACCAGAACCUUCAACCAGGUAUUAUGCAUAAGUGCUGGUUCUUCACAAGAGGUAUUCAGUUUCUCGAUUGGUGGUUUAGGUGAUUAUCUUCUUGCUGCGGGAUGUAAAUCUCAGAUACUCUUUUGGGAUUGGAGGAACAAGAAGCAGGUUGCAUGUUUGGAGGACUCUCAUGUGGAUGAUGUUACUCAGGUGCACUUUGUCCCUUCUGAUAAAAACAAACUUGUUUCGGCAUCAGUAGAUGGAUUGAUUUGUACCUUUGAUACUGUUGGAGACAUCAAUGACGAUGAUCAUCUGGAAUCAGUAAUCAAUGUGGAUACUUCAAUUGGGAAGGUGGGGUUUCUUGGAGAUACAUAUCAAAAGCUCUGGUGUUUGACACAUAUUGAAACCUUAAGUGUUUGGGACUGGAAAGAAGCCAGAAUUGAAGCCAACUUCCAAGAUGCCCGCUCCUUAGCCUCUGAUAGCUGGACAUUGGAUCGUGUUAAUUAUUUUGUUGAUUGUCACUACUCGGGAGAUGAUCAGCGUCUAUGGGUGAUUGGUGGUACUAAUGCUGGUACUUUGGGCUACUUCCCUGUAAAUUAUCAAGGAAUGGGGGCAAUAGGGCCUCCAGAAGCAGUGCUUGAAGGUGGGCAUACAGGUGUUGUUAGGAGUGUGCUUCCCAUGUCCAGCAAGCAGAUUGGCACCGCCCAAAGCCAAGGCAUCUUUGGAUGGACUGGCGGUGAGGAUGGUCGCUUGUGUUGUUGGUUCUCUGAUGGAUCUCCUGAGACGAACCGAUCCUGGAUUUCAAGCGAAUUUGUUAUGAAAUCACCAAGAACUUGCAAGAAAAACCGACAUCUUCCUUACUAAGUGAGCCUGUGUUAUUGCCAUAAAAUUUUCCAUUUCUUGAGUGAAGCAUGAAGUUUUCAAUCAGUGUUGGUGUGCAUUUUCUGUACCAUUAUUGUAUCCCCUUUAAUUUAAAAUCAGACUGAAACUUUCAUCAAGUAGUAACAGAAAAAUAAAACAAUAUUGAUAAAUUGUCAUAACUCUUAACAAAGGGUUCAUAUUAAUCUUA